AUGCCGAAAAGCCCAGACUACUACAAGAUCCUCGGUGUAUCCAGCGAUGCGACUCAGCCGCAGAUUCGCAGCGCAUAUAAAAGGGAAUCGCUAAAAUCCCAUCCCGAUCGAGUCCCCGCCGACUCCCCCGAAAGACCAGCCCGAACCCAAAAAUUCCAAGAAAUCAACGACGCCUACUACACCCUCUCCGACCCAACCCGCCGCCGCGAAUACGACCAAACCCGCGCCUUCGAACAAGCCGAAGAAGAAGUCGACGAAGAAGUUCCCCCAAGCGGCCGCAGUUUCCCAUGGUCCGCCUUUGGCUUUGGUAGUCGCGCCGAGCGCGAUGAUGACCAAUUCGGAUCCGUCUUUGAGGAGAUGCUACGCGAGGAAGGGCUCGCUGAGGAAGCUGGUGAUGAGGGAAAUCGGCGUACUCGACCUACAGGCCGGUUUUGGGCCAUCGUUGGUGGAGUUAGUGGUGGUGCGCUGGGCUUUAUCGUGGGGAAUGUCCCUGGUGCGUUGGCGGGGGCUGUGGCUGGGAAUCGGUUGGGUGCUGUUCGCGAUGCGAAGGGGAAAAGUGUCUAUGAGGUUUUCUUGGACCUUCCACAGCCGGAUCGGGCGAGGCUCUUGAGUGAGCUUGCAGCAAAGGUGUUCCAGACUACGAUGGGACGGUAG